UGGUCACUAGCACAGUCCCCCAGCCCGGCUUUGCAGCGCACUGCACUUCUCAGACUUUUUCCCGCCGCCCAGUCUCGAUCCUAGGGGCGGCGCCCAAAGUCCCAGCCCACCCUGUAGCCCCGCCCGCCCUCCCCAGGAUCACUAGAGCCCAGGGCCGGGCCCAAGCCCCGGUCUGGGACUGAACCAUGUCGGCGGAACCUGAACUCAUUGAGCUGCGGGAAUUGGCACCCGCCGGCCACGCCGGUCCGGGCCGCACCCGACUGGAGCGUGCCAAUGCACUACGCAUCGCGCCUGUCACGGCGCGCAACACUGCAAGGCAGCUGGUCCCCGGCCGCGGCCACCGCUUCCAGCCCGCAGGCCCAGCCACACACACGUGGUGCGACCUCUGCGGUGACUUCAUCUGGGGUGUCGUGCGUAAGGGCUUGCAAUGCACGCACUGCAAGUUCACCUGCCACUACCGUUGCCGCGCACUCGUGUGCUUGGACUGCUGCGGGCCCCGGGACCUGGGCUGGGAACCCGCGCCGGAGCGGGACACCAACGUGGUGAGCGCCGGGUCGGGGGGCCGGGAUACACCGAGUCUUUCUCAGGCUGAGAUUGAGCAGAAGAUAAAGGAGUACAAUGGCCAGAUCAACAGCAACCUCUUCAUGAGCCUGAACAAGGACGGCUCCUACACCGGCUUCAUCAAGGUGCAACUGAAGCUGGCGCGCCCCGUCUCAGUGCCCUCCAGCAGGAAGCCCCCCUCCCUGCAGGAUGCCCGCCGGGGCCCAAGCCGGAGCACAGCCGUGAAGCGCCGCACCUCCUUUUACCUGCCCAAGGAUGCGGUCAAACACCUGCAUGUGCUGUCGCACACGCGGGCCCGCGAGGUCAUUGAGGCCCUGCUCCGCAAGUUCCUGGUGGUGGAUGACCCCCGGAAGUUUGCUCUUUUUGAGAGAGCUGAGCGUCACGGCCAAGUGUACUUGCGGAAGCUGUCAGAUGAGGAGCUGCCCCUGCAGCUUCGGCUACUUGCGGGUCCCAGCGAGAAGGCCUUGAGCUUCGUCCUGAAGGAAAACGACUCCGGGGAGGUGAAUUGGGACGCCUUCAGCAUGCCUGAGCUCCACAACUUCUUACGCAUCCUGCAGCGGGAGGAGGAGGAGCACCUGCGCCAGAUCCUGCAGAAGUACUCGUACUGCCGGCAGAAGAUCCAGGAGGCCCUGCACGCCUGUCCCCUGGGGUGACCUGCCACCCCUGGGCAGCAGGAGAGCAGGCAGCGCCCAGAGUGUGCUGUGUGAGUGCGGCAGGGCUCACGGCCCGAGGAGUGAGUGCGGUGGAGGCCCUCCCCGGCAGAAGGACAGGCCAGAGCAGCCGCGGAGGAGCUGGCCCCCGUGUCCAUCAGCGGGUGUGGCCAGCCAGGGCUGCCCAGCAUUGCGGCAGGGGUGGAGCUGACAGAUGUCUCCUCCGUGUAUGUCUCAGAGAUGAAUGUGGGGGACCCUGUGGGCAGAACAAGGUCAUGUUCGCUGGCCUGAGGGCCUUUCUCUGUGGGCACAGUUAUUAUGGAGUCUCACGAGAGCCCCCACAGACCCAGGGAUGCGGGGUUCAGAGUAAGGCAGGUAUCCAAGAAGAGCAGAGUUUCCCGCUAUGGGACCCUCUGAUUGGUCUCCCAGCCUGAGGACAGGGCAUACCGACUAUAUGCUGCCACAGGGAGAUGCCCCACACCAGGGGCUGGGCAUACGGGCACUGGGCCAGGACUGUACCUCAUGGGCCCGUCAGAGGCAGGGUCUCUCCUUCAGGUGUUCUUGAUGAAGUGUGUGAAUGUAAGUACUGUGUUGUGGCCUCAGCUAAUGCCUCCUGUGGGGAACGGGGUGGGGGUGACAGUCACCGUCAGGGCCUGGGGCCUGGGAGAAUUGGUUGAAUAAAGAUUUGAGAUUCCUUGUGUU